UCGCCAAUCCCUCGCCGACCACCGAGGCUGCACAGGCUUUGCCGUCGCAACCACAGGUGCGGAGGCGCCGAGCAGCAGCAGUGGGGCCGAGCGCACUAGCCGAGUCGUCGACAGGGAGGAUCGGAGGCGGGGCAAGUGGUUGGCGUAUACGCUGUCAGAAGGGAGACCGGCGCCGCCCGAGUCCCACGGCGCCAUGGGGGGCUACGAGCUCGUCCACAGCGACGACGCGCCCGCCCUCGCGGUGGAUCUGGAGGCCGGCGGCGGCGGCUUCCCCAAGAGCAGCGGCGGGCCCGCGAAGCGCGCUGCGGCGGGGACCUCUCCGGCGUCGACGGCGCCGGCGCGGCAGCGGCUCGUCUCCCUCGAUGUCUUCAGAGGGAUCACCGUGCUGCUGAUGAUCAUCGUCGAUGACGCUGGAGCAUUCAUUCCGGCCAUGAAUCACUCCCCUUGGGAUGGCGUAACAGUGGCCGACUUCGUCAUGCCUUUCUUCCUCUUCAUCGUCGGAGUCGCGCUGGCGCUCGCGUACAAGAGAGUACCGGACAAGUUGGACGCCACGAAAAAGGCGGUGCUCCGUGCCCUGAAGCUCUUUUGUCUUGGUCUUGUUCUACAAGGUGGAUUCUUCCAUGGUGUACGUAGUCUAACUUUUGGGGUUGACCUUCAAGAAAUACGGCUCAUGGGUAUACUGCAGAGAAUUGCAAUAGCUUAUCUGCUGACUGCUCUAUGUGAAAUUUGGCUCAAAGGAGAUGAAGAUGUAGAUUAUGGAUUCGAUUUGCUCAAGAGAUACCGCUACCAACUGUUCGUAGGCGCAAUUGUGGCGAUCACAUACAUGGCCCUGUUGUAUGGUACCUAUGUUCCUGACUGGGAGUAUCAGACAUCAGGCCCUGGUUCCACUGAAAAGUCCUUCUUGGUGAAAUGCGGAGUAAGAGGUGACACCAGCCCAGGUUGUAAUGCAGUUGGCAUGAUCGACCGCAAAAUCUUAGGCAUCGAACAUCUAUAUGGUCGACCGGUUUACGCGCGAUCCAAGCAAUGUAGCAUCAAUUCACCACAAAAUGGGCCCCUUCCUCCUGACGCUCCCUCUUGGUGCCAGGCUCCUUUUGACCCUGAAGGCCUUCUCAGUUCCGUGAUGGCCAUUGUGACAUGCUUGAUCGGGCUCCAGUACGGACACGUCAUUGUACAUUUCCAGAAACACAGGGAGAGGAUCAUGAACUGGUUGAUCCCUUCCUUCAGUAUGCUAGUCCUGGGCUUCGCCAUGGAUUUCUUUGGCAUGCAUAUGAACAAGCCGUUGUACACCCUGAGCUACACCUUGGCCACCGCCGGCGCCGCCGGUCUCCUCUUCGCAGGAAUCUACACGCUGGUCGACCUCUACGGUUACCGGCGGCCGACCGUCGCCAUGGAGUGGAUGGGGAUGCACGCACUGAUGAUCUACGUCCUCAUCGCGUGCAACAUCCUGCCCAUCUUCAUCCACGGCUUCUACUGGAAGGAGCCCAAGAACAACCUGCUGAAGUUCGUCGGAAUUGGGGCAUGAGGUGGUGACCAUACACGGAUACAGAGAUUAUUUAGGAGUCUAUUCGGACAGAGAUAGAGAAGCACAUGCAUUCAGGCCUAGUUUUGCUACAUGGCCAGUGCAUCAUUGUUGCUGCACAGAGUGCCUCUCUCUGUGAGCCCUUGUAUAUGAUAAAGAAGCAUUGUGUAUAUGCUGACGACACGAUAUAUUAAAGAAAAUAUAGUAGUACAGAUUCU